AUGAACUCUACUCCAGUUCAACCUUCACCUGGAACCGUGCUUCAACAACCUCAAGUGACUCCACUAGUCAUGCAGAUUAACACUGGGAAGCAAAUCCACAAUCACAUUCAUGGCAAGCGAGAGUGGGACAAGGGUGUUCUCGGCACUGGUCCUUGCUGGACUUGCGGCAAUCGACCAACAGAUUUCUGUAUUGCCUGUUGUUGCCCGUCCCUGGGUAUCGCUGAUAUCCUCACACGAAUAGGAUACACGCCUUUCUCAGCUUUUGCGGCGGGGGCAGUUUCUUGUGGCUGCUGCGCAAUGCCAAACUGCUGCAAUCAGUGUAUGGUCUACCUCGUUCGCAACGAGUUCCGCACAACCUACGGGUACAAAGGACACUGGUGCAAGGACUUCUGCGCUGCUUUCUGCUGCAUGAACCUUGUCAUUGCGCAAAUGGCCUUCCAGCUGGAUAAAAUGGCCGAACGGGAACGUCUCAUCAAGUACGGACACGAAAACGGCGGUCCUAGUGGCUACUAG